AUGAUUCUGAUUUUGUGCCUGCCUGCUGAAUCAGAUGAUACAUCUACAAAUGAACAUAUAUCAGAAGAAUCUAAUAAAUCAAAUUCGGAUGAUGAUGAUCAAUGUGAUGUUUACACAGAUGAUCAACCAGAAACAUUAGAAAAAGCAGGUAUUAUAUGGUCAAUUCAUGCUAAACCGGCAAAAGGUCGAAUACCCGCUGUCAAUAUUAUUAAAAAAAAGCUAGGUCCAAUUACCAAGGUUCAAACGAUUUUGGAUGCAUUUAAACUUUUCUUCACAAAUGAAAUUCUCGACGAAAUUGUUAUCCAAACGAAUCGUUAUGCAGAACAGUAUUUUGAUCAAAAUAAAAGAUCAAAAACAGAUUCUAAUACAAUAGAAAGCAAGUCAAGUAAAUGGAAACCGAUUGAUCGUGUUGAAUUAGAAUCAUUUAUCGGAUUAGUAAUUCGAGCUGGUUUACAUAGAAAUAAUCAUGAAUCUCUCAAUGAUUUGUGGGACAUUAGUCAGAGCUCUCCAUUGUAUCGAGGUACAAUGUCUCUUCAACGUUUUAGGCAAUUUCUUCAAUUUCUGCGAUUUGAUGAUCGACAAAAUCGUGAUAAAACCGAUCGUUUGUCAUCCAUCAGAUAUAUAUUUGAACUGUUUAUCAAACAACUUCCUCGACAUUUUGUACCAGGUGAAAAUUUAACAGUUGAUGAACAACUAGUUGCUUUUCGAGGUCGUUGUUGUUUCGUACAAUAUAUGCCAAACAAGCCUGCUAAAUACGGGUUAAAGUUUUGGCUAUUAUGUGAUGUGGGUAGUCGAUAUGUAUUAUCAAUUGAUUUAUAUACUGGAAAAAAAGAUAAUAUAAUCCAAAAAAAUCUAGCGAGUAAUGUUGUUCUUCGUUUAGUUGAUCGAUUAUCGAAUGAUGUUAAACAAGGCCGUACCAUUACAUUUGAUCGUUAUUUUACGGAUAUCAAAUUAUCGGAGGCUUUGCUAGACCGGAAGAUGACUUCUAUUGGUGUAGUUGAUUAUCGACGUGUUUUUUUGCCGAAUGAACUUAAAGUUUGUCGAAAAAAACUAUUUUCAUCAUGGUUUUAUUUUUCAAAUUCACACAUGUUUGUUUCAUAUCAAGCAAAAGAAAAAAAAAGCCAAUAA